UAUCUGAGGUCUGUAACAGCAGAUGGGGUAUUCCUCCUCCUCAAACGCCCCCCUCAAACUGCGAUUGUUCCCGAUGCGAGCACACCAGCUCGGUCCGAGUGAGUAAAGCAGCGGAUCCGUUCAUAGCAUCGCGGAUGGUAGAUUUGUCCAGUUUAGUGUCGUCUGGAGACGUAAGAGCAGAGAUAAGAUUCGAAACGCUCCAGAAUCUGAAUCUGAGCGACGAGCGACGGGCAUCGUGACAUCGGGCAUCUGGAGAGCAGAGAUCCACGAGAGAGGGAGUCCUUCCAUGCAGUCGUGGCUGGGAUAAAAUGGAUGACAGGAUUGACGGUGUGCGGGUUGGAGAGAACAAAUUCAUCAGCAAGAGCAGCAUUCUCUCUCAUUUAAAGACCUACAAUCUCUACUAUGAAGGAAAGAACCUGCAGCUACGCCACAGAUUGGAAGAGGAGGAGCUCAUCAUAGAAGGACUUCUAAAUAUCUCAUGGGGUUUGCGUCGACCAAUCAGGCUUCAGAUGCAGGAUGACCACGAGCGAAUCAAACCUCCUCCCUCCUCUACCUCCUGGCACUCGGGGUGUAACCUUGACAACCAGAGUCAGGAGGGUCAGAAACAGACUCCUCAAACCCCACCUCAGAUGGAAGUAACGCCCCCAGAGGACCAAUCGAGCAACGGCACAACACAUGACCAUGAAGAAGAAGAAGAGGCGUGUGACGUCUCCGCUCAGCUUCUUAGAACCAAAAGUGAUGCUGGCGUAUUGAGACGGGGCAGGAGACGGUCUCCUAGCGACCAGCGGCGAAUCAGAAGGCACAGAUUUUCCAUCAACGGUCACUUCUAUAACCACAAGACGGCUGUGUUCACUCCUGCAUAUGGCUCAGUAACUAACGUACGGAUCAACAGCUGCAUGACCACACCACAGGUGCUGCGGGUCUUACUGAAUAAAUUUAAGAUCGAGAACAGCCCGGAUGAGUUCGCCCUCUACCUCGUUCAUGCCAGCGGAGAGCGUGUUCAGCUGAAGCGUAGAGACUACCCGUUAGUAGUGAGAAUACUUCAGGGACCAUGUGAGCACGUCUGCAAGAUCUUUCUCAUGGAGCAGGAUCUGGGAGAGGAGAUUCCCUAUGAAGUGGCACAGUACAUCAAAUUUGAGAUGCCUGUCCUGCAGAGUUUUAUUACUAAACUGAAGGAAGAGGAGGACAGGGAAGUGCAGAAGCUGAGAAGCAGAUACAAGUAUUUGCGGUGUAUCAUUGAGAAGCAGCUCCAGUGUUUACCGGAAGGCUCCACCUGUAUGUGACAAGCACACCCCCCCCCUCUUCAUGUCGAUCAGUAGACUUCCAGACAGAAUUUUAUCAGCCCCUUUCUGUCCUAAAUGAUUGUUAACCCUUAAUAUGCAUUGAUAUUUGCUGACCAGUGAAGAUGGAUGGUACAUCUUGUUAUAUAAAAAUUCUUUGUAUAUUUUAUGGUGCUGUAGGGAAUCAAUGCAGGUACAAUAACAUAAAAGCACAUACUAAACUAAACCAGGGAAUUUCAUCAUCCAGUGAUUACUGGAGCGAGCAAUUAUAAUGACAAGCACAAAGUAACAAAGAUAAAUGCUUACAACUUUAGUAUUAUUUGUUUGGUUUAACCCAUUUGAAAGAGUGAUGACUGACUGAUCACUUUACAUGUUGGAUGUAUUGCGAGUAUAUGCGGUCUGAGCCAACCUGUUAUACCAUUACAGUCUGAUUACAUCUCCAUUUGACCAACGUCUCUAUAGACAGUCAUUAAAAAUCUUUUUGUACCAGAAUGGUAAGAAGCGAAGUAAAGACUGUGAAUUUAAAGAAUGAUUGAAAAUGGAG